AUGUUCGGAGUAGUCGAUCUGCUCUGUCUCAGCAGGCUGAAAUCUCUCGGGUUAUUGCUUCCUUACAUCGAGAUGGGCAUCGAGAUGGGCGGCGAGCUUCCUGUCGAGCGCAUCCUUGACCGCUGCGCGACUGCUACGGAUCUCGAGCUGCACGACGCUCAUGCUUACAUGACGGUCGUACCGCUCCUCGCUCCAUACUCGGAUACGAUUUCGCUACCGUGGCUGCAAAGGGUGUUCAUCCAUGCAGGACCCUAUGAUCCAGGCUUGUUCUCGAUUGCCUACGAUAAUCGCAUCGAGGAUGUCUUGAUCGAGAGGUACGAGACUGUGGGUGUGAUGCUGGACCUCACGCUGGACAAAUCGAUAGUCCCGUACUCCGAUGUUCUGGAGAGACUCCGUCGAAUAGCUGUCAUCCGAGUACUAGCAACCUGA